AAACUCAAUAUUACCCUUCAGAUAAUGUUUUAUUUUAUAUUGAUAUUCAACUUAAUAAUGUAGUUGUACAUUUAGGAGGUUUAGGAGGUAAACCUGAUGGAUACUAUGAGAAGUUCGUAAAAGCUAUCAAAAAAUAUGAUCCAAUUAUAUGGCAUGAACCUAAGAUACCUAAGACAUCUAAUUUGCCUCGGGCCAUAAAUGAUAAUGAAAUUGAUCAUAAUAUACGACGUAAUAAUAUUCAACCUAUUUUAUUAAAUGGUGAUGAGAUAUUGUUUAUACAUGGCCGUUGUUCAGUUGGUUUUGUGGGGAAAAAGGCAGAUGAUGAUCGAGACAUGCUUGUAACUGCAGGGCAUUGUUUUAGCCAAGAAAGUUUGGACCCUCGGGUUGUAAUUUCUUCAAAUCAUGAUGAGAUAUUGUUAGGUAAUCCGGUCAGAAUUUCUCACGAACCACACGACUUUGCACUCGUUGGAAUAAUGAAAAAUAGUAAAGUCAAGUUAUCACCGAAUAUUAGGAAUAAGAAUUCUGAACAAUUUGCUGAGUUAUUUAUCAACGGGAGUGAGACUUUAUCUAGCUAUG